AGUUUAAAGGCAAACGCCAGUGAGGACGAUGACAAGCCAAGCCAAGCCAAGCCCGUGACCUGCCCUGCCCAAAACAUACUUUACAGCUUGCGCCCUCAGACGUCCCUCUUCAUCAAUCCCUUGCGUCCCUUCAAUCCAAUCACUCAACAAAAAAGCAAUUUUGUUUUUCAAAUACUACGACUUUUGAGUAACAAUUAUUCACUUGAAGCAAUUUUCUAAAAAAAAAAUUGUUCACUUGAAGCAUUCAUUUAUCUGUGAGGCUUUGGCCUUUUGUAAUUGUACCUCUGGUAAUGUGUGAUACUGUGUGCUUGAUCUCUAGAGGAUAUGGUUGAAUCACAGUGGAUUAACAUGGGAGGGCUACUCCCAACAAUAUAAGCACGUUCAAUUUGUGGGGAUCGGCAGCAUUUUCAGAUCCCUUUUUUUUUUUUUUUUUCCUUCAGAAUUUCAGGCCGUGUGUUUGUUUCUCGAGAAAAUACCCUUCUUUUUGUUAUUUUUCACAGCCCAAACAAUGCCCAAUUGCCUCCGACAGAGGUUUUAGCAUCUGGGUCUUUAGUUUUGUGAAGUUUGGGACCCAGAGUUUCUGAAGUUUUGUGGGUUUUGUGAAGAGCAUUUCUUUCUGUUUGUUCGUGGAAUAACGUUGAAAAAGUAUACUUCUUAUUAAGGUAAGGGGUGGGUUUGCUUUUUGGUGUUCUGAUAGUCAGCGACACAUUUUACUGGACACUACAGAGGUUGUAAAUUCAUGUGAGGAAUGGUUUUGCUUGGUAGUAUUGGUGGUUGUGAUAAGUGGGUGGGCAUUGGUUGUGCACAGAAAGUGAAAUUACUGAACUGAGAAGAGAGAAUGGGAAGAGGGUGUUUUAUGUUCUGGGUAGUGGGAUUACUGUUUUUGGCACUAAUGGAGGGUUCUUCUUCAACUCUUUCUCCUUCUGGUAUAAAUUAUGAAGUUGUAGCUUUGAUGGCUAUAAAAAAUGAUCUAAAUGACCCCUACAAUGUUCUAGAUAACUGGGAUAUUAAUUCGGUAGAUCCUUGUAGUUGGGCGAUGGUUACUUGUUACUCUGAUGGCUACGUGUCUGCUCUCGGACUGCCUAGUCUAAGCUUGUCUGGGACCUUAUCUCCAGGGAUUGGAAACCUUAGUAACUUGCAAGCUGUGUUGAUGCAGAAUAAUGCCAUUUCUGGUCCUAUUCCUGCUGCAAUUGGGAAGUUGGAGAAGCUUCAGACACUUGAUCUCUCGCGCAACAAGUUCAAUGGUGCAAUUCCUAGUUCUCUUGGGAAUAUCAAGAACCUGAAAUAUUUGCGACUAAAUAACAACCACCUUACCGGACCCGUUCCCGAAUCUCUGUCCAAAGUUGAAGGUCUCAAUCUUGUGGACCUUUCUUUCAACAAUCUCAGUGGUUCCUUGCCAAAAAUAUCAGCGAGAGCUUUCAAAAUAAUAGGCAACACUUUAAACUGUGGGCAGAAUUCUGGGAGCAAUUGUUCUGUUGUGUAUUCAGAACCACUUUCCUUCUCACCAGAUGGUGUAAGAGCUGGAUCAGAAUCUGGGACUAAAACCCACAAUGUGGCUAUUGCUUUUGGCACAAGCUUCAGUGCUGCUUUUGUGAUCAUAAUGCUUAUUGGGUCACUUGUUUGGUGGCGAUAUAGACACAACCAACAGAUUUUCUUUGAUGUUACUGCAGAUCAAUAUGAUCCAGAGGUCUGCUUGGGCCAUUUAAGAAGGUACACCUUUAAGGAACUCCGAACUGCAACUGACCACUUUAACUCGAAGAAUAUUUUAGGAAGCGGUGGAUUUGGAAUUGUAUACAAGGGUUGCAUAAAUGAUGGCACUCUGGUGGCUGUUAAAAGGUUGAAGGACUAUAAUGCUGUUGGCGGUGAAAUCCAAUUUCAGACAGAAGUAGAGAUGAUAAGUUUGGCUGUCCAUCGGAAUCUUCUGAGACUUUUGGGGUUCUGCAUGUCAGAAAACGAACGGCUUCUCGUUUAUCCAUAUAUGCCAAAUGGAAGUGUAGCCUCAAGAUUAAGAGAUCAUGUUCGUGGUAGGCCAAUUUUAGAUUGGUCACGGCGAAAGAGGAUAGCUUUAGGAACGGCAAGGGGGCUAGUAUAUUUGCACGAGCAGUGUGACCCCAAAAUUAUUCACCGUGAUGUCAAAGCAGCCAACAUACUGUUGGAUGAAGACUUUGAGGCAAUUGUUGGAGAUUUUGGGUUGGCAAAACUCUUGGACCACCGGGAUUCUCACGUUACCACAGCCGUGCGUGGCACUGUUGGCCACAUAGCUCCAGAGUAUUUAUCAACUGGUCAAUCAUCAGAAAAGACUGAUGUGUUUGGCUUUGGGAUCUUGCUCCUUGAGCUAAUUACAGGUCAGAAAGCUUUGGAUUUUGGACGUGCGGCCAAGCAGAAAGGUGUAAUGCUUGAUUGGGUAAAGAAGCUCCAUCAGGAUGGAAAGCUGAACCUUAUGGUGGAUAAAAAUUUAAAGAGCAAUUUCGACAAGGUCGAGUUAGAAGAAAUGGUUCAAGUUGCUCUUUUAUGUACUCAGUUUAAUCCUUCUCACCGCCCAAAAAUGUCCGAAAUAUUGAGGAUGUUAGAGGGCGAUGGCUUAGCGGAGAAAUGGGAGGCCUCACAAAAGGUUGACACACCCAGGUACCGUGCAUUUGAAAAUCCUCCUCAAAGAUAUUCAGAUUUCAUAGAAGAAUCUUCCCUUGUGGUUGAAGAAAUGGAACUCUCAGGUCCUCGGUGAGAAGAACAGGACCUUUUCCCUCCAGGUUUGCCCUCUUAGGUCAUUAAGUUGCAGUGCUUGAGAAUGAGAUAUUUGCUUGGUGUUGAUAGUUGUUGAAGGCAUGUAUUUUCAUCUGUAAAGGAAAAGGAAAGCCAUGUAUAAAAGUACUUGGUUCCUUGUUGGAAUAUUGGUUUGGUCUAUAUAGAGGUUUUGUGAAAA